UAGCUCAAAGGUGCGUGUCGAAAGUUGGAGUAAACGAAGGUUUGAGUCCAGUAUCAACCAGAAACAAAAGUGAAAGUGAACAAGCACAUUAAGACAGGCUACACAGAAUAUGCUCGCUAGUUAGCUACAGAGAUGGCAGACGCGUAUUCGUUUCCUUUGCUCGUCGAGCUAGAGAGUAACCAAAAUGUCUCAAAACUCAAAAACAAGUUGGUGAAAUAUUUUCAAAGUAAGAAGGCAAACGGUGAUGACUGUCAAGUGGAAUGCGGAGCAGACAAAAGCACAAUAGUGCGAUUUAAAACGGAGGAUGCCAGGCAGAAAGUUGUCAAUAAACAGGUGCACGAAAUCAUUUUGGAUCAAGAACGGAUAAAACUGACUGUUCGAUUACCAAAAGAGGUCUCAAGUGCAAAUGAAGCAUCGGCUGACGAUCUCGUAGACAACACAUUCGUUGCCAACGAAUUAAGCUCCAAGGUUCUGGAGGAAAAGGAGGAGGAGCCAGGCUCUACCUCGUCUGUGCUUGGGAACGUGAAGGAGAACCAGGAGUUCCUGGAGAUGCUGGUGGAGAACAUCCUCAGUAGUCUGGGAUCUGGUUCAGACUCCCCUUCUGCAUCAGAAACCUUCAGUCUGGAGAUUCUGCCUGAUACUGGCAUGGCUGUGGUGACUUUCCAAAGUGUUCAAGAGAGCAAUAAUUUUGUCUCGAACUGCACCACAAAUAGAGUGUUCAAAAAAAACAAGUUGACAAUCAGGCCUCUGGAAGUCACAACUAAAGCCAUUUUGGAGGACGUUCCCCCAAAUGUCAGUUCAGACCACCUCCUCCUGUACUUUGAAAAUGAAGGCGAGGAUGUGCAAGAUGUUUCAGUAAAUGAAGAGGAGCAGACUGCCAUCAUCAACUUUCAGGAUCCUAGAGCUGUUGGCAGAAUAAUUAAGAAGAAACAUCAAAUUCACAAGCAACCAGUAAUGGCUUUCCCAUUCUAUGAAUCCUUGGGAACGGCGCUAUAUGGUAAAAACAGACCCUCUUUAAAACCCCCGCUAGCCCACAGUGAGAACAUCGAUCAAGACGUUUGGAAAUACCUCUGUGAUACUCAGGAAGCUGCAGACUCCAUCCACCACAACCUCGCCCAGCAUUUUUGCAAGGUGGACCUCCAACAACCAACCGUCAAGUUGAGCCCCCUGCCUGAACUCCUUAAACAGAAGGGGAUCAAAGCCAAGGAUCUCCAGAAGUGGAAGGACACUGUGCAGACAGCCUUCCUUCAAGCAUUGGCUAAAUACAAACCGUUGAAGCUCCUUGUCCAGGCUGCAGCCUGGGAAGAAUCUGAGCGAGAGAUCGAACACACAGCGUCGGGAGCAGAAGUAGUGGUGGUCCCUGACAAGGCCCAGGGUGUCAUCACAGUGGUCGGCCUUGUAGAAGAAGUGAACAGACUAGAGCCGCCACUGAAUGAGAUAUUGGAUAAUAUAGACAAAAGAAUACAAAGGGAGAAAUCUAGCAUCAAACAAGAUGUCAAUUUGUGUCCAUCUAUCUAUCAAAUCCUCUUAAAUGAUGGCCUAAAGGACAAGCUGGCGAUUGAAUACCCAGAGCUGAAAAUGACGUACGAUGGCGAUAAAGGGUUUGUCACCUUCUACGGCCUGCUGCAGGAAGUGUUGGACGCCCAAAGAAAGGUUGUAGACGGAGUUGUGGCAUUGAAACGGAAGACUUUGGAAUGGGACGACUACGUUGUUGAGUUUCUGCAGGGUGAAGACCAAGAAAAGCUCACAGCCUCUCUUCUGAUUUCAAAGGGAAUUCAUGCAGCUCUAGAGAUUGACAAGUACCGUCUGCAGUUACUUGCUUUAUCAGAGGAAUCAUUGAUUGAAGCAGAAGAUCAUCUUAACAGGCUUCUGUUGUCCCAGUACAUAGAUAUUGAAGACUGCAAUGUCCUGGAGAUGUCCGAGUGGCAGGAUCUGGUUUCACGCAUGGAACACACCUCCAACAUGUCCUUUAGAAAAGUCAUGAUCCAGACUACUGGUGACGAUCAGAAAGUAGUGGUAUCAGGCUACAAAGACAGUGUUUUAUCAGUACGGAAUGACCUAGAUGACUUUUUGCACCAAAAUUCUGAAGUUGAAGAAACUCUUGAGGUCAAACGAGAGGCCAUAAUCAAAUUCAUUCAGAACCAUCACAGAAAUGCCUGGUCUGAUCUGGCUAGCGAUAAAGUGAAUGUCACUUUCAGGAAAGAGAAAGUUGUCUUAAACGGUGCCAGGGUUCAUGUCACAUCUUGCAAAUCUGGAUUUGAAGACCUGAUUUCAUCCACAUGCUUCAGUGUGUUGAGAGUGUCCAAGCCUGGAGCGAAGAAGUUAUUCCAGGAUGAAGGUGCCAUGUAUGUGUCCACAGUUAUGGGCCAGACAGGCUGUUUGGUACAGCUAGUUGAGGGGAGCGACGAUAUCGGACAAGAUUCAGCACUCGGAGGUGCUUCAAAGCCAAUCUACCAACUUACAACAUCGGACGGGGUAGAAAUUGCCGUUUGUAAGGCCGAUGUAAGCAGCUACGCCGUGCAUGCAGUCGUCAAUGCAGCAAACGUAGACCUACAGCUUAGUGGCGGUUUAGCUGGGGCGCUCCUGCUCGCUGCUGGACCUCGUCUGCAGGACGAAUGUGACCAGAUCAUCAACCGCAAGGGGAAACUGAGGCCAGGAGACUGUGUCCUCACGGGUGCGGGAGGUCAGCUCCAUUGUAAAAGUAUCAUCCACGCAGUGGGACCCCGGUAUGAUCACGCAAACCCCCAUAAGGCUGAGGGGCAGUUGCGGAGAGCGGUGAAAGGGAGCUUGGAUUUAGCGGAGACUAACAACUGCCUGUCUGUGGCUCUGCCAGCCAUCAGCUCUGGGAACCUUGGCUUUCCCCUAGGCUUGUGUGCCGAAACUAUAGCAAGAGCUAUCAAGGAUUACUGUGACGACAAGUUUGGUGAGAACACCUUGAAGAAGAUCCAUUUGGUGGACAACGAUGACAGGACGGUUGGGGCCAUGGAGGCAGCAGUGAGGAAGGAGUUUGGUGACCACGGGACAAGCCAUGCUCAGCUGAGCCCUCUGACCAGCGCCACAUCGACCCAGCAUGUCCCUCUGGUCCUCAGUACAAAUAACUCAGACAGAGUGAAAACUAGGGAAGGGCUUUCCAUCGUGUUGAUGAGAGGAAACAUUCAAGAUGCUUCGACUGAGGCACUUGUGAACACGGUGGGUGAAGACUUAGUUCUUAACAGCGGCGCCGUCUCAAAGGCCAUCUUGAGUGUGGCUGGACCUCAACUCCAGGCCCUGGUCAACCAACAAGCUGUCAGAGGUACCUGCGGCGACAUCAUUGUCACCAACGGUGGCAACCUCAAGUGCAAGGUUGUGUUUCACACCAUCGCCCCUAACUGGGACAAUGGACAAGCAGUGGCUCAAAAGAUGUUGAGUAGGAUUGUGAAGGAAUGCCUAGAUAAGGCAGAGCAUCAGCGACUCAGCUCCAUAACGUUCCCUGCAGUGGGAACAGGGAACCUGGGCUUCCCCAAAGACCUCGUGGCUUCUCUUAUGCUAAACGAAGUCCUCAAGUUCAGCAGUAAGAAGCACCCCAAGCACCUGAAGGAGGUGGUGUUCGUUCUCCACCCAAGUGAUCCGCAGACUAUCCAGGUAAAGAAACAGCUGUUCGUUCUCCACCCAAGUGAUCCACAGACUAUCCAGGUAAAGAAACAGCUGUUCGUUCUCCACCCAAGUGAUCCGCAGACUAUCCAGGUAAAGAAACAGCUGUUCGUUCUCCACCCAAGUGAUCCGCAGACUAUCCAGGUAAAGAAACAGCUGUUCGUUCUCCACCCAAGUGAUCCGCAGACUAUCCAGGUAAAGAAACAGCUGUUCGUUCUCCACCCAAGUGAUCCGCAGACUAUCCAGGUAAAGAAACAGCUGUUCGUUCUCCACCCAAGUGAUCCGCAGACUAUCCAGGUAAAGAAACAGCUGUUCGUUCUCCACCCAAGUGAUCCGCAGACUAUCCAGGUAAAGAAACAGCUGUUCGUUCUCCACCCAAGUGAUCCGCAGACUAUCCAGGUAAAGAAACAGCUGUUCGUUCUCCACCCAAGUGAUCCGCAGACUAUCCAGGUAAAGAAACAGCUGUUCGUUCUCCACCCAAGUGAUCCGCAGACUAUCCAGGUAAAGAAACAGCUGUUCGUUCUCCACCCAAGUGAUCCGCAGACUAUCCAGGUAAAGAAACAGCUGUUCGUUCUCCACCCAAGUGAUCCGCAGACUAUCCAGGCUUUCAAUGAUGAAUUUACCAAGAUGUUCACAACCCAGUCUGCUGCCUCUGGGGCGACCACAGCUGCAGCCACAGCACAACCUAAAGGCUUUUUUUCCAAGGUCACGUCAAGUUCAGGGGUGCAUGAGACAAGCAUGUCAGGCGUGGUUAUACAGGUUGUCACGGGAGACAUCACCAAGGAGACCACUGAUGUCAUUGUUAACUCCUCCAAUCAGGACUUCAGCCUCAAGUCAGGGGUAUCGAAGGCCAUUCUGGAUGCUGCUGGGCAGACUGUGGAAGCAGAAUGUCAGCUACUGGGAGCCCAGCCUAACGCAGGCAUGAUAAUGACCCAGCCUGGUAACCUGCAGGCAAAGAAGAUCAUCCACCUGGUUGGCCAGACAGACCCACAGAAAAUCUUCAAGGCUGUGAAGGAGGCACUCCUUAUGUGCGCUGUAAACAACUACACUUCCAUCUCCAUCCCUGCUCUCGGCACAGGCCAAGGCAAGGUGCAGGCGGGCCAGGUGGCAGAUGCCAUGUUGGAUGCUGUUGUAGACGUGAUCAACCAGAAGUCUCAUAACAAUCUGAAGCUGGUCAGAAUGGUGGUGUUUCAAACUGCUAUGGUUAAAGAUUUCCUCAGCAGUAUGCAAAAUAAAGAAGGAACAGAAGACAUUGCUGAAGAAAAGGACACGAUCUGGGGAAAAAUCAAAUCAUUUUUCGGCUUGACUGGCACUCAAAAGCCCCAAAAGGACAAAGAGUUUGUGAUUGAGGGCAAACGGGCAGACCCGGCCUGCUUCCACAUCUGCGGAGACUCCCAGACCAGAGUGGACCACGCCAAGCAGCUGAUCAGCGACCUGAUAACCGAUCAGCAGUUCUCCAACAGCAUCAAAGACAACGCCAUCCUCAGCCUCUCCGAUCCGGACCGCCAGCGCAUCAGAGACAUGGAGGCCACCAUGGACGUGAGCGUCACGCUGGAGUACGCCUCGUCCCAGGCCGUCAUCACCGUGGAGGGCAUGAGCAAGGACGUGUCCAAAACCACCAACGAGAUCCACGAGAUGCUGAGGAGAGCGCGCGAGCAGGAGGCCUUCAAUAAGAACGUGGAAAUGAUCGGCAGUAUGACAGAGUGGCAGCACCAGCAGCAAGGAGGACAGUUUGUGAACUUUGACCCCGUCUCGAACUUCCAUCUAGAGGAGGGUUUUCAAAAGAAGCAUGCUCAUGUGGAGGUCAACCUUCAGGGUCAGAUUUACAAGGUUCUCCUGCCGGAUGGACCUGGGAACGAUGCACAGGGGAACACUCUUCAAAUCAGACGCAUCGACAAGCUAGCAGGCCAAAAGGAUAAUCUACCCCCCCAUUGGGAUGCCAUGCCAGCCAACACAUCAUGCCUGUCCUGCCCCAUCCAGCCAGGCAGAACAGAGUACAACACAGUUCAAAACCUGUUCAAGGCCACCUGCCCAAGGAACAUAAUAAAGAUUGAGAGGAUCCAGAACUCGACCCUGUGGAAGAGUCUUCAGAUCAAGAAACAAGGGAUGGAGAAGAGGAACGGGCACCAGAACAACGAGAAGCAGCUCUUCCACGGAGCCUGCUACCAGUCCAUCGACCACAUCAGACACAACGGCUUCAACCGGAGCUACGCUGGGAAAAACGCUGCCUGCUAUGGAAACGGCACCUACUUUGCAGUCAAUGCUAGUUACUCUGCUAGCGACACUUACUCCAAACCAGACCCCCAAGGCCAGAAGUUCAUGUUCCUCUGCUGCGUCCUGACUGGCGACUUCACCAGAGGACAACAAGGGAUGAUCGUGCCCCCGAGUAAAGGCAACACCAACGCUCAACUUUAUGACAGCGUGACAGACAAUCCCGCUAGACCCUCCAUGUUUGUAAUCUUCCACGAUUGCCAGGCCUAUCCUGAGUAUCUAAUAACGUUCAAUUAGACCUGCGCAGGCCAGGCAAUGUACACUAUACUUUCACCCGCUUAUGUUAAAAUAAUGCCUUCAUUAAUCCUAUGCCUUUUGAUCAUAGUUUCUCACACUUUUAUAAUUUGUUGCGGUGAAACGUGCCUUUACAUGUGACUGUUGUCACUUUUACAAUAAAAGCUGAACACAUCCUCUGAA